GAGCGUGGCCAUUUCUCUAGAAAUAGUUGUGACUCACGUGAGCCAAGGCACUGUUAUUAUAUUUUGCUGUUGCAUUCUGAGGAAAAAUACUGAUCAAAUAUAGUACAACAUGGAUCCAAAUAAACUAGUCGAAAUAUUAAGAGCCACAAUAGAUCCUAAUCAAAGAGAAGCUGCCGAAAAACAAUUAGAACAGGUCCACAAAAUAAUAGGAUUUGCACCAACCCUUGUUCAAGUAGUCAUGAUGAAUACAUUAGAAAUGCCUGUGAGACAAGCAGGUGUAAUUUAUCUAAAGAAUAUGGUAGCUCAGUAUUGGCAAGAUAAAGAACACGAGCCUGGCAAGCCCAUACCCUUCUCUAUUCAUGAGCAAGACCGUGCCAUGAUCCGUGCUGCUAUUGUGGAUGCAGUGGUUUAUGCACCAGAGUUGAUACGGGUGCAACUUGCCGUCUGUGUCAGCAAUAUUGUUAAGUUUGAUUUUCCUGGCAAAUGGACGGAAAUUGUUGAUAAAAUUUCAGUAUAUCUUUCCAUGAAUGAUUCAACUGUUUGCAUGGGUGCAUUAUUAUGCCUGUAUCACCUUGUAAAGAAUUUCGAGUACAAGAAACCCGAAGAGCGGCGACCUUUAAAUGAAGCGAUGAACAUGCUUUUACCUAUGAUCUAUCAGCGCUGCGUGCAGUUGAUGCCUGAUGCUUCAGAUGUAUCUGUUCUAUUACAAAAGCAGAUAUUAAAGAUCUUUUUUGCAUUAGUCCAAUAUUUUCUCCCUCUGGAUUUAAUCUCAAGGGAAGUUUUCGCCCAGUGGAUGGAAGUGUUUCGUACAAUUGUUGGAAGACCUGUACCUGAACAAUCAACUCAAUACGAUGAAGAGGAACAAGCAGAUUUGUCUUGGUGGAAAUGCAAAAAAUGGGCAUUGCAUAUACUAACUAGAGUGUUUGAAAGGUAUGGAAGUCCCGGCAAUGUUACAAAAGAAUAUAAAGAUUUUGCUGAAUAUUAUCUCAAAGCAUUCACUGCAGGAAUUCUAGAAGUUUUGCUUAAGUUGUUGGAUCAGUAUAGGCAAAAAGUGUUCAUUUCACCUAGAGUAUUGCAGCUCGGAUUAAACUACGUCAAUGAAGCAGUUACUCAUGCAUUUUCUUGGAAAUUGUUGAAGCCCCAUAUGCUGUUAAUUAUUCAAGAUGUUGUUUUUCCUUUAAUGUGUUGUAAUGAUCAUGAUGAAGAACUUUGGAAUACUGAUCCUCAUGAGUACAUUAGGUCCAAGUUUGAUGUCUUUGAAGAUUUUGUAUCGCCUGUAACUGCUGCACAGACUCUUCUUCAUUCUGUUGCGAAGAAAAGAAAGGAAAUGUUGCAAAAAGCAAUGGAAUUUGUUAUGACAGUUUUGACUAAUCCUUCUUCGACUGCUCGUCAAAUUGAUGGUGCAUUGCACAUGGUUGGAACUGUUGCUGAUGUUCUGUUAAAGAGGAAAUUGUACAAAGAGCAAAUGGAGAAUAUACUUGUAGCAUAUGUCUAUCCACAUUUUAGAAGUGAACAUGGCUUUAUGAGGGCUCGUGCAUGUUGGGUGCUGCAUUAUUUCUGCGAAAUAAAGUUUAGAAAUGAAUUAAAUUUAGUUUCUGCAUUGCAACUAACACAGGGGGCUCUGCUGAAUGAAAAGGAGUUACCCGUCAAAGUAGAAGCAGCCGUUGCAUUACAAAUGUUAAUUACUAGUCAAGAAAAAGCUCAAAAACACAUAGAACCUCAUAUAAAGCCCAUUGCUCUGGAGUUGCUCAAGAUAAUCAGAGAAACUGAAAAUGAUGACUUAACAAAUGUAAUGCAAAAAAUAGUAUGUACAUAUACUGAGCAACUGACACCUAUAGCAGUUGAAAUGACUCAGCACUUGGCUCAAACUUUUACACAUGUGAUAAAUAAUGGAGAAGAUAACACUGAUGAAAAGGCAAUAACUGCCAUGGGUGUUCUGAAUACAAUUGACACUAUUCUAUCUGUAAUGGAAGACCAAAAGGAUGUUAUGGCAUUGCUAGAACCUACUGUUUUAAAUGUUGUUGGACUUAUCCUAACUCAAAGUGUUGUUGAGUUCUAUGAAGAAGCUAUGUCAUUAGUCUAUAAUUUGUCAUCCAAUAGUAUAUCACCUGAUAUGUGGAAAGUAUUUGAGUUGAUGUAUCAGACAUUUUUAAAAGAUGGCUUUGAUUUCUUUACAGAUAUGAUGCCAGCAUUACACAAUUUUGUCAGAGUUGAUACACAAGCAUUUGUUAGCAAUGAGAAUCACCUUUUAGCAAUAUACAAUAUGUGCAAAUCAAUAUUAACUGGGGAAUCGGCUGAAGAUUCAGAAUGUCAUGCAGCUAAAUUAUUAGAAGUAGUAAUUCUUCAGUGUAAAGGAAUGAUAGACCAAUGUAUUCCUUCAUUUAUUGAAUUAGUUCUAGGACGUUUGACUAGGGAGGUAAAAACGUCGGAAUUAAGGACCAUGUGUUUGCAGGUGGUAAUUGCAGCACUGUAUUAUAAUCCAGCCCUUCUUCUUGAAACACUAGAAAAAAUUCAUGUCCCAAAUACAACAGAUUCUAUUACAGCUCAUUUUAUUCAACAAUGGAUCCACGAUACUGAUUGCUUUUUGGGGUUGCAUGACAGAAAGCUGUGUGUAUUAGGCUUAUGUACAUUGAUAUCUACUCCUGUUUUUAAAUCAAAAAUAAACAAUGAGAUAGUUCAGAAAGUUGUUCCUUCUAUGAUGUUACUCUUUGAUGGCCUUAAAAGAGCUUAUGCAUAUAAAGCACAGGAGGAAGAAGGAGACACAGAUGAAGAGGAAGAAGAAGAGUAUGAUGCAGAGGUUUUGUGCAGUGAUGACGACGAUGUGAAUGAUGAUGGAGAAUAUCUUGAAAAGCUUUCGACAACUAUUAAAAAAAAGUCUCCUUUUAAUGUUACUGCUUCAUCAAUUGAAGAUGAUGAAGAAGCAACAGAUGAUGAGGAUGAAGAAGAUGACAACGCUGAAGAAACAGCUUUAGAAGGUUAUACGACACCAUUAGAUGAUGAAGAAACAAAUGUUGACGAAUAUGUUGUGUUUAAAGAAAUAAUGAAUAACUUGAAAACAGCUGAUCCAAAUUGGUAUAAUAUAUUAACAUCCCAUCUAACAACUGAUCAGCAACGGUCCUUUGAAGAAAUUAUAGUCUUAGCAGAUCAAAGAAAAGCAGCAGCAGAAUCCAGAAGAAUAGAAAAGAGUGGUGGCUAUGUGUUUCAAAAUCAAACUGUUCCAACUUCUUUUAACUUUGGUGGUUCUCCACUUUCAUAAGCCAAACGAAUCCUUAGCAGUUAAACUAUUAAAGUAAAUGAAUUGUUCCUCACCUGCACUUCCAAGACUUGUUUUUUACCUGUGCUAUUGCAGUUGCUUGUCUGCAAAGCCAAUUUAAAAAUCGCUUGUGAAUUGUGCAGAAUGAAUUGGGAAAAGAGCAUUAGUUAAACACCAAAGAUUAAGAAUGAAGUGCAGAGUGAAUAGAAGUACCCUACAUCUGUCUAGCCUAUGUGCCAUUUUGAAGUAUGCACGCUGAAGUUGUUUGUUGUUUUUCUGCAUCUUCAUCUACUGACAUAUUUUCUGUCGUAAGGACAAGAUUUGGAAAAGAAGUUGCUGCCAAGUUACUCAUUUUAACGGAAAUAAUAGCACUCAAAUUUGAAAAAAAAAAUAUUUUGAAAAAUAGUUCAAUUUUCUUGUGUAUUCUUAUAAAUUGAUUUUUUUAACAUAUGCAAAUUUUAUGUCUUCAUUUAAAUGCCCAAUCCUUAUUAUUUCAAUUAAUUUAGCAUGAGUGCAGUGUAGAUUUCUCUCAUUUUAAUGGUUGAAAAAAAAAAUAUUAACUGAAAGUUCAUUUUUCUUAAAUUAUAUAUUCCUUUAGUCAUAAGUUUUCAUUUGAGUGAUUAAAUUUUAUUUCAAGAUUUCUGCGGCUGCUUUGGUUCUGAUGAAAUGUUUGAAUAUUCAGCUAAGCAUUUGCAAAUAGAGUAUUGCAAUAUUGUAUGUUUAUUUUAACUAAAAUUUAAAGUAUGUGUUCAUGCUUUUAACAUUGAAUAAAUUUUAAAGUUUCCACAAAUUUAUUAGAAAUUCUUUAUAAAUGUCUACCUCAUGAAUUAAAUUCAUAACUUAAAGCUCUUGCUGCUGUAUACUUCCAAGGUUCCACUUUAGUUCACCCAUUGCAUUGUUUUACUGUAAAGUCUUUACUGUCUUAUUUUUGCAUUUAUUUCUAACCUAUUUCCAACUUUUUAUUUUGAAUUUCUAAGCAUUUCAAUCCAUUAAGUUAGUACAUCAAGUUUCCAAAAGAUUGAUUUUCAUCUCUCACCUUAAACAUUUUUUGAAUACAUCUCUAAGAUUUUUGUUUGAUUGUAUUAUUUAAACUUUUGUUAUUACAUUUCGUGAAACUGUGUUUAAAUUAGGUGUUUUGCCAAAUUGACUCAUUUUAGAAUAUACAUUGCAACUGUUCCUUUGCUUAAUGUAUGUAUGUUUUUUUUUUUUUUUUUUUUUUUUUUUUUUUUUUUUAUGAUUAACUGUUCAGUGAUUCAAAAGAAUAUGACGAGUGUGAACCUUGAUAUAGCAAUAAGUCUACAUUGUAAAUAAAUACACAAUUUUUGUGUGAUAUUGUUGAUGAAUAAUAAAUACAUAGCUUUAUUUUACCUGGUGAAAACUUUUAAAUUUUAGAUUUCUUAAAUAAUUUUCAUUGUUUUGUACAAUCUAUGCAAAGUUUAUGCAAUUUUGAAUUUUAAUCCACUUUGUUAUUAAACCUAUCACCCUCCUUUCUCCCAUCAAUAUGAACUCUGUUAUAGAAAAGCCUCAAGUAUUUAUUGCAUCACCACCUACAUAUGUGAUAAUUUUUGAGUGUAAAAUCAACUAUGUUGCCUUUUUAAUUUCUGACAUAUAUUUCAGUUUUUUGUUUAUAAACAUAUAUUUCAGUGUAUUCUGUAUGUUAAUGUGUAAUAGUUCCUGUUCUUUUCCUUUCAUUGAAAAUCUGAUUUUUUCCUUCUUUUACAAGACAUUUUUUAGUGUAAAAUUUCGUGAGUGAUAUUUAUUUUUUUCCCCAUACAGUUUACUAAUUGCUAUUUCAUGAGUAGGGAAAAUUAAGUGAUUUUUCCUCUAUAUUUGUUAUAAGAAUGCAAAAUCAUUUGUGAUAUGGUGCAUGUACAGGUUAAAAUGUGAUUUGCUGGCAUUAAAUAUUUUUGUAUAACUAUAGUGUUUACUUGAAAUGUCUUUUCAGAGUCUUCCAUAAAAUUUAUCAAACAUGUUAUCAAGUUUGUUUGAUCUAUAAUAUCAGUAAAUGUUAACAUAUUAAUAUUCACUAUUAGUUAUCAAUGUAUACAAGUAAACUAAUU